AUGAGCGACUGGGUCCGUCGCGCUCAAGUUUACAGUCCAAGUCAUGCACAAUGGCAGUUCUUUGCUCUCUCGCUCGGCACUUCAACUCUAUUCUUCCUGUAUUUUCUCUACUGGAAUCGUCUACUCGCGGCCGUCAUCUGCUUUCUGCUACGCUUUACGACUUGGGCCAAGCAUGAGCCCGGCAGCUUUUGGAUAGAGGCUGAGUCUGCACAUAUUUCGCUCAUCUCGGGGCGUCUCGUCCUACGCGACCUCAGAUAUUAUUCCGCCAAUCAGACCAUUCGAGCAGUCAAAUGCUACAUUACAUGGAGAUAUUGGUUCUGGAGAGUACGAGAAAAUGACGACAUCUCUUAUAGCGAAGUCGAGGAGCCAAAGUCAAACGUUUCUGCCAUCCCGUGCCGCAUACUUCUCAGCUUUGAGGGAUUAGAGUGGCUCCUCUACAACAGAACCAUGGUGUUUGACGAAAUACUCAAGCAGGCGACUGCAUCAGCAUCAGACGAAGCAGGUUACAGCCAGAGUUCUAUGGGAAAUGAACGCAGUGGAUGGAGCCCUGAAACGCGUGCAAGUGGCCUCCCUGCAAGCACAAAUGCGAAUGGUCAGCCAAAGAGCAUCAACGAACAACGCUAUCCACCCUUGGGGUUUCGAAUUGGACUCCCCAGAAUGGACAUACCGUCCAAACUAUGGGCAUGGAUCCUUACAAAACUUCCCAGGGUCGAGCUCAACGAUCUCCUGCCCAUCGCCCUUGAGGCCACCCAUGGAGCAAUCAUGCUUGGAAAUGCAUCGACACCAUCACUCUUUACGGUGACAUUUAAGAGUGGGAAAGGCACUUACAGUCUACGUCCGGCGAAAUCAAGAUUUGACGAGUAUCGUCAAAGUUACCAGCUUCGGUUCCAACAGGUUUUACUGACAGCAGAGGACAAUCCGGACUAUCAAACAUCCAUGGUGGAGACAGGAAGACAAGUUCAUGAGACCUUUAGAAAGGCAAAGCCAACCGGUACCCUUGGGCUUGGGUUCUCAUCUUUCCGUGCAUCUCUGAGAUGGGUUACGACAUCUCUGAUUGGCAUAUAUGAGACGAAGGAGGAGCAUAAACCCGCAGAAUGGGUGGGCUUACAAGCGUUCAUGACGGAAGCCGAAAAAGAGCAAGCAAAGAAGGACGAGGAAGAAGAAGCUCGCCGUAUAUCCGAGCGAAAGAAACUGGAGGUUGGCCCAGAGUAUGCGAUUGAGCGCAGAUUGGUGCAAACGGACAGACUCGACUUGCUUUAUUAUGCCGACGUCGCUGGUAAAGUGCCUGAAAAUCCGGUGCCGAUGGAAGGAACGGAAGAGAUAGUCGACGUCGGAAAUGGUGACAUUGCACCUGGUUGGGGUAUCGACCUUGUCGUUCAUGGUGGAACAUUGUCGUACGGUCCAUGGGCCGAUCGCCAACGGGCGCAUCUUCAAAAGGCUCUCUCCCCUCCGACGUGGUCAGUCGCUUCUCCCUUCAAGAAACUCAAACCUGGGGAUCCUCGCCUCUGUACCCAAUUCAAACUCCAUGUCGAGUUUGCAGAGGAGGUUCAGCUACGCCUUCCAUGCAGGGAGGCAUCAAAGGAUUGGCAAUUCGAUGGUUUACCGGACAUGGGUAUUCAUCGUCGACAAGCCGCACAGCUGGGUUUGAAAGCUGCACGCAACUCGACUAUCCACUACACGAUGCCAAUGGUCGCUUCUGUUGCUGGAUAUCAAACCACCGUCAGGAUCGAGCUUCUGAAUGUGAUCGCCGAUUCAAGCCUGAACAAUGAAUCUUUUCUGGAAGCAGAAUCGUGCUAUAUCCGAUGCAACCUCCCAAGCCCUUUGCGCUGGGACGAAGCUCGUACAUGGGAAUUCCUUGUCUCUCUCCACAAGCCGGUUGCAUAUAUUCUGCGAGAUCACAUUACUCUUUUUACCGAUCUAGGAAAGGACUGGAGUGCUGGUCCUCCUACAGCGCUCCCACAGUUUAUUCCGAUGCUCUAUGUGGUCAGGUUGAAUCUAAAGGAGUAUGCCAUUUCUCUGCCUGUCAAUGACCAGAACAUCGUGGACUCCCUGAAAGACCAAGAUGCCAAUGUAACGUUUCGACUCGAAGGAUCUGGUCUCAAUAGUGUUGUGAAUAUUCCAUCACUGAAAUACCGGCCCGAGGCUACGACGAUUCCUUUUUCCAUAGAGUCCACCGACGAACUUCGUCUGAACUUGACUCUUCCGCUUUGGAACACUCGAUCAGCCCAUUCAACACGUCAAAUUACAGAGAUCGGUCAUGUGAGCAACCUUCGAAUUGAUGGCGCAUAUCGCUACCAUGCGUCCGUCAAACCCGACUAUGUUGACAGAUUGACUCUCAAUGUCUUUGGACGGAGCUGUAGCUACAAAGCGUUUGGCUGGAGCAUACGCCACUUCAUCUCCUUGCAGGGGAACUACUUUGGUUCAUUCACAAACUUUGUACUCUCACCAGAAGCCAACCUCAAGCGUCAGAAAGGCAUCACUCUUGGUGAUCCCAUUGACGAGAAGUAUCGAGAAGGGCAGGCGAAUGCAUUCGAGGUUUCAUUGGAAACACGAGUAUCAGAUGUCACCAUUGCAUUGCCAGAGGCUCUCCUCGGAUACGAAGCAAGAGAUGAAACAGACUCUGCCAGUCUAGGUUCUUGCGCGCUAUUGGCUAUCCCCGACAUAUCUCUGUCGUUCCGGCUCCACGAUUAUGGAAUGGAAAUGACCCUGAAUGUCCACCCCAUCAGUGUCUCGUUUGCGGACCACUACUCGGAUAAGCAAUUCUGGAAAGGCGCAGAAGACCGUCGGAGCAGGAAAGAAGUUUUGAACAUCUCUGAACUUGAUAUUGUUGCCAAUCGCUUAUUUGGGCCAAAACCUCAUGCCGCCACAUAUGUUUGCAUGUGGGAGAUCAUAAUUGGGGAUGUUCAGGGUGUAUUAAGUCCAAAGCAAGUUGGGAAGUUGAUGACUGUACUGCAUACUUUUGGUGUCAACUUCAAGGACGAAGCAAAUGCACCGGCCCAAGAGUUUUUGCCAGAGACAUAUCCUGACGUAACAUUCCUCAAGUUGCGUCUGGAAUCCCUGAGUGUCAACGUCGAAACGGAGAGUGUAGCCGUGAUCUUCAGCCUCCCACAGGGAUCGCAACUUUCUCUCAACGACUUGCCUACGCAGACCGCCGGAGGCAUGAUUUCGGUCAUUGUCGCGGCUUGCGAAGUCAAGAGUCUUCUCAAAGGUUCUAUGGACGGUCAAACAUGGUUAGAGGCGGGGACGACCAGCCUUGAUGUUGCCAUAGACGUCUAUUCACGCCCCUUUGACUGGCGGAGGAAAGCAGAUAGGCAAUUGGACUUUAUCAAAACUCAAGAUGCAUCAACACGUCGCGUCCAAUUCAUAUAUGGAGAAGGGCCCAUCCAAGGCAAGUCACCUGAAGUACUCGCAGCACGGUCAAUCUGGUUGCCUCAUCCGUGCUUCCUUAAACCUCCCGCUCAGCCCGUGCAAGAAGUGAGAACACCUCGGAAACAUGCUUCAAGUGACUCCGAUUCAGAAGACUCGGCCGAUGUGGAUGUAGACGAGCAACUCGCCUUGUCAAGACCUCCAUCGUAUCCUGAUUUAAUGCGUUCGCUUCAGGAAUCGAGCGAUGCCGAUGAUUCAGAUGAACGGACAAGCCACACGGGCUCUAUGCCUGACACCAGAAUUGAAACCAGAAUUGAGGAUGAGUGGGAUGAUGAAAUUGGUUGGCCGUAUCUAAGCCACCAUGCAAAUGUGGUACGGCAAUACAGGAACCCAUACCGUCAGGUCCUCGAGCAAGAGAUGCACACUUCACAGUUCGAACUGAGUAAGGAUGUCCGCUCCUCUGAACCUAUUGGCCCGACCAACGUAACAUUCAAUCAUCCACAUGAUGACGACGGUGCGGUUACGGUCAUCCAGGUGGCGUCGAAAGCGGGGUUUGAACUCACCCUGAGCCCAAUGAUCGUACACGUAGUCCGCGACUUGUUACCAGCUCUCUAUGGAGCAUCUUCCAGCAUUGAACUUGAGAUUGAUAGUCUCAUGGGAAAUCUGUUCACGAAUGACGGCGACGGCCGCUCCAAUUCUCCCUCCUUGGAAAUCAACAUACCGGUCAUCCGCCUGAAGACCGUCCAAAGCAUCCUAUCUCUACAGGAAGCCGAACUGUUGAGGGAACCGUUUGGGGAUAUCAGAUCCGUAGGAGUUGACAUGGACCAGAGAAUCAUCUCCGUCGUCGAUAUUCGGAUCCUCAAUCCAUCCACAUCGGGGAUUUUGGGCUCAGAGGAACGACCACUGAUGGUUCGAGCUCAACAGGCGCUCCUUACCUUGUCGACAUACGACUCCCAUAUUCUGGCCGACAUGCGCCAUGAAAUCGCUGGUACACAUAGGGCACUUGAACUGACCAUCGAGGACUCCCAUGCCACUCUCGGGAGCAGCAUCGUAUCAACAUUAGGCAAUGUGGACAUAACGCUGCAGUCGGAGGCACCAGCCUAUGUCCUAUCGACGAUAUCCGUUGCUGAGAGAAUUUUCUCAGAGACCAGUAGUAUUGUCUCGAACUGGACCCGCCUUGAUUCUGCUCGCUCACAAUAUACUGCGUGGGCUGUCCUGCACAACACCAGCACUGCGGAAAGUGACCCUUUGUCACGGGUAGUGACGUCUCCGCUUGUUCAAUCUGGCCGACCGAGCGUGCUCAGAGGAGACAUUAACUGGAGGAUCCUCAAUCAUGCUCGACAACGACUCCCCCAUCUUCCCUCGGACGUCCGAAAUACCAUCAUCGAAAUGAACAAAGCCGAACUCUCCGCCAUCCCGGCAGUCUCUAGGGACGACCUGUUGUCGACCCUUCGAGAAACCUGGUCGGACUGGAUUGGCGAGCUUGCGGACGAGGAAGUAGAGCAGCUGCCGCUUUUCAAGCUGAUCAACCCUCUUUCAUCAUCUCGCCCUCCUGCAGACAUUAUGCAGCCACUCUCAAUUGAGACCGGGUUCCUUCAGCUUGUUCUCAAGGAUACAAAGGAAGGGAACACCCCGACCGCACCAAAAGCCUCGACCCAGGUAGUAAUCGACAUGUCCUUCCACUUCGAAAAGCUUUCCAUUCUCUCGAGGGCCUACAACUUUGCCUUCGAGAUCUCGUUGGUGAACCCAACGCUCGCAUUGCACUUUCUUUCCCGCACUGGACAACUGAAUCCCCGGCCUCUGCUGCAGUUAGCGCCAGAUUCUGCGGCCUCGAUUAGCUGUGCCUGGGAACGUCUUCAACUCAGAGUUUCUGAACGUGUUGCUUCCCAAGAGCAAAGUGUUUUAGCUGAAUUCGCAGUCAACCAGGUCUAUGCCACCGCUGUCUGGUAUAGCCGGAGUCGAGAACGGCCAGCUGUAAGGGUCAGCUUGGUGAUUGGGAAGGUCUACUUCUCAGUUCCGAGACACGUUGCAAGGUUGAUACAGUCUGUCGAGACUUGGUGGGAUGACUACUUUAGGAAUCAAGUCAACCCACUUCUCCGUCUCUUUUCAACUGCAUCAAGUCCUCGACCAGCCAGAAGGGUAUCGUUCAAACCUCAAGGCGGACUUGGAAUCGAGUUUCAGUCCAACGUCACAGAUGCAGAGAUCCGGUUACACGCCGUACUUGGUGUGUGGCUGGUAUGGCAGGUCAAGAACUCAGGAAUCGUUCUCGAGGGAACCAAGUCUACUGCCUCGGCAAUUCCACAUGGAAAAGCAGUCCUUCGCGUCACCUCUCAAGCGUUGGCUUUGGAAACAUGGCAAGACCCGCACGACGCAGCAACUAUACUUAAGGAACACUCAUUCAUAUUUCCAUUUCCCCCGAUGCAAGUGUCCGUCCUGCUUGCAAACAACACGCUUCGUUGUCGCGGAACCUUUGAACUCUUUGAGGUUGUUCUCAACGCCAACGCCAUUGACGCUUUUGUCAGAGCCUCUCGCCAGCUGGCAUCCAGUGAUAUCGAGCGAAUAUUUUCCAUUGUUCGGAGACCAGGGGAGUCCGCCCCAGUUUCUCAGAGCUCAUUCCCAUCUCCUACCCGUUCUUCUCUCGAAGAUAUUCGAAUAGAGGCUCAGUUCAUCCUUUCUGGCCUGCGACUCGUUCUCGAAGGGGAGUCAUCACUUUGUUUGCUUGACAUCGGCAACGUUCUCGGGGAAGGAUCAGCCCCGAAACAUGCAGGAUCGAUCUUGGACUUUGAUCGUCGAUCUCGGCUGGCAUAUAUGGUCUUCGAUAUGAAGGUUCUUUCCUUUUUGGAUAAAAAUCUUACCAACGUGCUGGAUGUUCAGGUGGAUAAAGUCCACGCUGUGCUUCAAGCUGCUGCCCUUGUGGUUUUAGGAGAUUUAGUUGACUCUUAUCAAGCCGAGGUGAUGCGUGGAAGAGAAGAGGUUGCUCGCCAACGACUCAUGCGGCGGCAGCGCAAUCGUUCUUCGGUAUCCCAUCCCACACGUCCACAAAGAGUAGCCGCUACAUCAACCUGGCUCGAUAAACGCAUCCUCAAAAUGUCAAUCAGUAGUAUUGGUGCCGCAAUCCCUCUCGUCCUUCACCAUACAACUUUUCUCCCUUCUGAAUCGUCUUCCGUGCCUGCAUUCUUACUGUCCAUAUCUUCGGUACAGUUUGGGACGCAGUUUGGGCAGAAUGGCGACGUCUCCGUGAAGUGCUUUGCUCUCCAGUUCCUUGAUCAGUUUGACCAGAGCGUACCAGCGCAUUUCAAUAGCAAUUCACAUCGCUCCAAGAAUCAAAUGGUCUACCCAGAGAUGCGCGCAGAGGUUAGCUCCAAGCAAACGGUUACAUCUCAGGAGUGGAUCAUCCACUCAAGGGUCAGCGGAUUUGAACUCGAUUUAGACCCGGAGAUAGCCACCUUUACUUUCUCACUUCUGGACGUCUACCGACUGGGACUCUCCAAGUUGGAGUCUCUAGCAGAGGUUGUCCAGUCCCCAGACACCUCAAUGCAAGUGCGUAACGACAAACCGCAAAGCCGCACCAGCAUCAGUACGAGGACGACACACGUACUGGCGUCUCUCGAGUUUCAAAGCGGACGCGUGCGUCUUCACCAUGAAGGACGACAAGCUUCACGACGGAGGAGCGCCCCAAGACUCUCUAUUCCUGGAAACCAGUAUUCCUCAGAGAUAUCCGUCGAUAUUCUCCUCCCUGUGGUCUCCUUGUGGACUGAAUGGCGCGCCACACCAGCAUCUCUAAAAGGGGGAAGCAUCAGUGACGAGGCACCUUCGAGUCUGUCCUUCAAGAGUACGAUUCACUCAAGCAAGAACACCGUUCCACCUACGGUUCUUCAAUUUGUGUCUCAACUCCUCGCCAAGGUUGAGGCACGGUUGAAUAGGCCCAAUCUGUCUGCUCCAGUUAUAGUUCAGAGGCCACCUGAGGAGACUUUGGAUCCAGAUGAUGAUACCAGCAAAAGUCUGCAGACAAUGUCGAUCAGCUUCAGUCUUCGCAUAGACCAGUCCACGCUCGAGUUCACUUGUCAGCCCGAUGUCAAUGUCAAGGGCUCUUUACAGUGGGAGUCUGGUGGCUUUGUAGCUACAGCAUCGCCUGGAGCAAAGUCUAUCGCGUUCAUUGGAUCGGUCGAGAAUCUCACUGCACACCUCCGUCACGGUUACCUCAAUGAAGACUGCUUUUCCGCUAGUAUUCGUGACCUAGCCUUCUCCACUGCCUUUAGCACUAGCCGAGACGCAGCUGGCAUUGGUUCUACCCGAACUUCCAUCGUAGUAGAGACCGAUCUUAAAGUUACUGCGCUAUUCGCCCGUCUACAAGACAUACUAUGCUUCAAGGCGGUGUGGUUUGACAGUAUUCCGACGCUAGGCGGUCAGGGUAUCACCCCAACGUCACCCUUAACGGCGGCUAGUCGAGAAUCUGCCUUCUCGGUUCGCAAAUUAUCAAAGAGAAGCUGGAAGACCGUCCUACUCCUGCGGGUUCGCAAAAUGGACGCACAAUUGGACCUCGGUCCCGCAGUGUCGACGUUGCGAUUAUCGUUAGAACCUGUGGUCUUCCGGACAUUACUCAGCAACCAACUUUCGGAGCUAUUUUUAUCCAUUGGCCUUCUGGAUAUUACCGCAUCAGGUUUAUUCUCGGGGAGCCUCAACGUGCCAGAUUUCCACUUCCGCACUGUUCGGGGCCGCGAGGGAAACUAUGAAAGAAAGCAUGGCAAGGAGACACUUCUCAACAUCGAACUCAUGAGUGGCUUCCUCAAGAUGUUGGUGAUGUACGAGCGGAAGCCAGUCUUUUUGUACGACUCGCAACCGUUACGAGUCGUAACUCUGGACGACUGGAGCAAGUGUCAUGUCGCUCAUAGUGACGAACACAAACUCCAGCUGCACUUCAAUCUUGUGGCGAGCGGGGUCAAUAUCGUCGCUGUUACCACAGCGCCAGCAGUUCUGGUCGACAUGAUUCAACGCAUUCAAUCGCUCCUACAUGCUCAAUAUGAAGGCGCUGCAAAGGAGUCCGAAGCCUUUAGGCGCACCAAUGGUCCGAAACGGCAUGUAAACGAAGUAGCGACAUCCAUGGUACAUCGCUCAGACAAGACGACGGAAGCCGACUUUGCAUGGAUGACUGUGCAACGUAUGCGAGUCAAGUUGGAUGCGCUAUUCAUUGGCAUUGCUCGCGAGAGUCUAUCCGAUGGACAAGCGUGGGGAGGAAUGGCGGCUACAUCCUUUGACGCCUGCCUGACGAGGCAUGUCAGAGGGACGUCAGAUGCGUCGCAAAGCGAGAUGGUCAUGUCGCUAGGCUCCUUGGAGCUCCACCGAUAUGCCAGUAGAGCAACCGAGGAGAUUCUGACUGCAACCGAAUGGCUUGGGAGACAACACUUUGAGAAGAAGGAAGUCCUCAAAGUCCCAGCCAUGAUGGUGGAGAUGAGAACGCGGGAGUUUAUCGAAAACGGCGUGCCUGUUCUUGCUUUCGAUCUACAGAACGAGCAAGGAAUCCAGAGCAGUAAUCGUCAGUUUUCCAUUGGAACCGAUCUUGUCCUUUUCGACUGGGUUCGAGACAUGUAUCACCUUACUGUGCAGCACGUCACCGAGAUGCGCAACCGGAGAGGAUCCAAGACGUCCAUGGAGUCGAAAGAGCCCGCGCCAGCCAAAGCGGAACAGCUUCCUCAGGCAUUCUCACUUGAGCCAUCUGCAAAGAGCGCUGCCGUGCAACCGCGCUCGGGGCCUUUCGAGCGUGGAGGAAAGCAAUGGAGGCCAGAGUCGAUCAAGAUGGUUCCUCCCGUGAUUCAACAACUCGGAAACUUCUCCCCGGGAGUUGGCUUCUACAAUUUGGUCGUCCAAGGUAGCUUGGAUUCAGCAGUGGCGAUCUGGGUUCAUGAAUUGGUAACUACGCCCGUGAGCGAGCUAAACAAUGUUCUCCUCUCUCUGUACACGAAGCAGUUGCAGAUGGAUAUGGCCCUGCCAAAAGACGAGGAACAAGACUGA